AUGGCGGCUCCCUCUCCCCCGGGGGCUGAUCUCUGUGAACGCGGCCGCGUGUCAAUCACCCGCUCUCGUGUGAUGGCUCUUGCCGAUGACGUGCCAGCCAUAUCCUGGCAUCAUAGCUGUUUGCUCGCCAUCAUGUUGAGCCGUCUGUUCAGCGAGGUGCUGCCCGACGUCCAGAGGCUCACAGCAGGCUGGGUCGACGACAGCGAGGGCGAAGACUCAAAGACCAAGGAGGAAGACCGCGGCCCCUGUCACCUGGGGGAAGACGACGUGGACGACAGCGAGCUACGAGAAGGCAGCAGCAGAGCCGACUCCGAGAUGGCGGGCGACGACGACGACGACGACGACGACGACGCCGAGGAGGAGGAGGAGGAGGAGUGCGGAGACGAGAACUGCGGCGACAAACCCAAAAAGCGCGGGCCGAAGAAGCGCCAAAUGACGCCGGCGCGCCUGGAGCGCUCCAAGGUGCGCCGGCAGAAGGCCAACGCCCGGGAGCGCACCCGCAUGCACGACCUGAACUCCGCGCUGGAUAACCUGCGCAAAGUGGUGCCGUGCUACUCCAAAACCCAAAAACUCUCCAAGAUAGAAACGCUGAGGCUGGCAAAGAAUUACAUCUGGGCCCUCGGAGAGAUUUUACGCAACGGCAAGCGCCCGGACGUCGUGUCCUACGUGCAGACGCUGUGCAAAGGCCUGUCGCAGCCCACCACCAACCUGGUGGCGGGCUGUCUCCAGCUCAACACCCGGAACUUCCUAACAGAACAAUGUACGGACGGAGCCCGCUUUCAUAUGCCCAACUCCCCAUUCUCCGUCCACCCCUACUCCUAUCAGUGUUCCCGCCUUGGCAGCCCUCACUACCAGCCCGGCUCGAGUGCGCUGAAUCUGCGGGGCCACUCUUAUGGCUCCGGUUAUGAGGCUAUGUACCCCGCAGGUGGGACCUCCCCCGACUACAGCAGUCCGGACUACGAGGGCCAGCACAGCCCGCCGGUCUGCCUCAACGGCAGCCUGUCGGGGAGGCAACAGGAGUCGGCGGAGACGGACAGGAACUAUCAUUACUCUAUGCACUACAGCGGACUGACCACGUCCCGGCCCCCGGCGGCGCACGGGCUGCCGUUCGGCCGCAGCGGCGGCGCGCAUUCGGAAAACAUUCCGCCGUUUCAUGACGUGCACUUGCACCACGACCGCGCACCCGCGUACGAGGAUAUCAACGCCUUUUUCCACAACUGA